AUGGACGUCAAGGUCGGUGCACCACGAAGCUGUCCUCGCAACAAGAUCCUGGAUUCUGUGCUAGACCAUAUUGGCGGAACUCCCCUUAUUCGACUGAAUCGGAUUGGAAAAGCUGAAGGAAUUGAAGCUGAAAUUCUCGUGAAAUGUGAAUUCUUUAACGCUGGAGGCUCUGUCAAGGACCGUAUUGGAAAGCGAAUGGUCGAAGCUGCUGAACGUGAUGGCAAGCUGAAGGCUGGAUAUACAAUCAUUGAGCCAACGUCUGGAAACACUGGUAUCGGUUUAGCAUUAGCUGCCGCAGUAAAAGGAUACCGUGCAGUCAUUACGCUCCCUGAAAAAAUGUCUCAAGAGAAGGUUGAUGUUCUGAAAGCUCUCGGAGCUGAAAUCAUCCGUACGCCAACUGAAGCAGCAUGGGACUCUCCAGACUCUCACAUCGGAGUCGCAAAACGUCUAAACCAAGAAAUACCGAACUCGUUGAUUCCAGAUCAAUACUCAAAUCCAAAUAAUCCACUGGCGCAUUAUGAAGGAACUGCUGAAGAAAUCUUGGAUCAGUGUGGAGGACAUCUUGAUAUGUUUGUUGCUGGUGCUGGUACUGGAGGUACUAUUGCUGGUGUUGCUAAAAAGUUGAAGGAACGAUUACCAAAUAUCAAGAUUGUCGGUGCAGAUCCGAAUGGAUCCAUCCUAGCACUCCCAGACUCUCUCAACCACGAGGGCAUCCAUUCAUACAAGGUCGAGGGUAUUGGAUAUGACUUUAUCCCUCAAGUCCUUGAACGAGAAUAUGUAGAUGAAUGGGUUAAGACUGAUGAUAAGGAGUCAUUUAUCAUGGCAAGGAGAUUGAUUCGAGAGGAAGGUCUUCUUGUUGGUGGAUCAAGUGGAACUGCUAUGGUUGCUGCACUAAAAGCAGCAAAGGGUUUGAAGAAAGGACAACGUGUAGUUGUUUUGCUUCCAGACUCUGUUCGAAACUAUAUGAGCAAGUUUUUGAAUGAUGAUUGGAUGAAGGCUAGUGGGUUCACUGACGAAGUCACCAAGAAGGCUGAAGAAGAUGAAAAAUUACAAUGGCAUGGUGCUACCAUCAAGGAUUUGAGUCUUCCUCAAGCAGUGUCUGUACCUCAACAUAUCUCUACACGGGAAGCAGUCGAAAUAAUGCAAUCUAAAGGAUUCGAUCAGCUUCCAGUGACUGGAAGUUCCUCAUCUCGGCUUGUUGGUCUUGCUACUCUAGGAAACAUAUUGGCAAAAGUGGCAUCCAAGCGAAUCACUCUUGAUGAUCCAGUAUCAUCUGCAAUGUUUGUCUGGGAUUCUAAACGCAAGUUUAGCGAGAUAUCACAAGACACACCAUUGGAUUCGUUACAACGUUUCUUUGAAAAGCAUGCAUCUGCAUGUGUCACUGAAAAGGGUCCUGAUGGAAGUCAUUUUGUCAAGAGCAUUGUUACCAAAGUUGAUUUAUUGUCGUAUUUGGCAAAGACGAGUGCUUUGUCACAAUAG